AUUACUGCAUUGUCGGAACUAGAAGCACAAGCAUUUCGCUACACUCGCAUUAACAUCUGCUAACCAUGUGUAUGUGACAAAUAAAGUGUGAUUUGAUUUGAUUUAGGAACCAGUUGUAUAAAAGUGAUAAUGUCCUCGAAGCAGGUGUUUUGGAGGAUAUGGCACCCGUGCCGAUAUCUUCCAAAAAACGCCUUCGAGGGCAUUAUCACUUAAUUAGGGCAACCCACAAAAUAGAAAUUGACCAUGUGAACAGAUCUAGGAUCAAUCAGUAAAUCAUACUACAAAUUUGAGGAUGGACUCUUAGGGAUAAAAAUCUAAACUGCCUGUAGAUCAGCUGCGAGGGCCGCUGUAUGACCGACAAAAGGUCCUAACAGGUACACAAAGUAAAAUACACCUAUUAUAAUUUAAGACAAAACGUUGAUCAUGGGAUUAUCUUUGUCUCCUUCUUUAUAAUUGAAGAUGGCGGAUCAGAAUAAAUAUUUAAUUUAUAAAUAUAUGAUUUAUCAUUGCCAUACAAAAAUGUCCGGGACCUGACUGGAUUUCGCGUUUGUUUCCACUUUGCCAACCGGGUCUGGGUCCAUCGAAUUAAAUGCCUGACAAUAUCACCGCCGUGAUUUAGCUAGUAUUUAGAAAUGGUGCAUUUUAAUACAUUUUAGUUAACAAUUUAUGCUGUAAAACACUGUUCAUCGGUCGUUAUUCUCAAUUUAGCAAAUUAUGUCGGGAGCGGCCGCCGGAGGGGCGUCCUCUUGCAUCGGCGCAGCCGCUGCCAGUUGUAGCUCAGCUGGGUCGUCCUAUGUUGCAGCGGGCGGGGAAGUGGGAAUAGCAGGCAGGCUACCUAGUCGGGUUCUGGAGCAUGUGUUCUCCUAUCUGGACUUGUAUGAUUUGAUGCGGUGCUCGUUGGUGUGCUGGCACUGGAACAACUGCCUCGCCGAUGAGAACAGCGAGGUGUGGCGGAGUCUGUGCGCUCGCUCUCUUAGUGAAGAGGCACUGCGCUCCGACAUUCUUUGCAAUCUGACAACAUACAAGGGAAAGCUCAAGUCCUACCUGCACGCUCUGAGUUCCCACGACUGCUCACGCAACGUCUACGUGAAGAAGAACGGUUUCACCCUUCACCGCAACCCCAUCGCCCAGAGCACAGAUGGAGCCCGCGGCAAGAUCGGCUUCUCUGAGGGCCGCCAUGCCUGGGAGAUCUGGUGGGAGGGGCCCCUGGGGACCGUGGCAGUGAUCGGCAUUGCCACCAAGCGUGCUGCCAUGCAAUGCCAGGGCUAUGUGGCCCUCCUGGGCAGUGACGACCAGAGCUGGGGCUGGAAUCUGGUGGAUAACAACCUGCUCCACAAUGGGGAGGUGAACGGGAACUUCCCUCAGUGCAACAACGCACCCAAAUACCAGUGUAAUGGUGUCCGUCCACAGAUCGGGGAGAGGAUACGAGUGAUUCUUGACAUGGAUAACAAGACCUUGGCCUUCGAGAGAGGCUUUGAGUUUCUGGGAGUGGGCUUCAGAGGGUUGCCUAAAGCCUGCCUCUUCCCGGCUGUCUCAGCUGUCUAUGGCAACACUGAGGUGACCAUGGUCUACCUUGGCAAGCCUCUGGAUGGAUAGCACCGCCACAACACCCGCUGGUGCCACGUCACAUCAGGUGUGCCAAGGAUAAUGACUGAUGGUUGACACCGAGAGGAUUCUAAACGAACAUUCCACAACCACAGGAAUGGACUACAAAAUCAACAUGGAUGAGAGUGAACUAUUGAUGGACAAGAGGGUUUGACUAGGUUUUUGGGAAGUGAUAAUUGAUGGGGGGUGGGGGACUGGGGGCUGUUUCAAAGGUGUUUCUGACUCAACGUGGAUCCUAUCCACUUCAGCUGCUGGACCAUUUUAUUUACAGUACAGGAGGACUUUACUAGUUUUUUAAUGUUAUUUUAUGAAGUAACAACACUGAGUCCUGUACAUGCGGACGGUUUUAUGAGGCAAAACCAAAUAUGAACUGUGGCAAAUAAAGACAAAUCAUAACGUGUGUGUGACAAUGCAAGCUGUAACAUUUCUAGAGUACACGUGUAACUGCCAUGGAUGGAACAGCAAGGGGGACACUUCAGAGGACUAUACCGUAUGGGACACUUGGAAAAGACUGCUUCAGUAGAAAAGCUAGUCAUUGCAGUAUAACUGAAACGUCUCCUCUCUUCAGAUACAUUGUAUAGGAGAGCAGAAGUGAGGAGACCAUGCUACUGUGAAUCCAUUUUAAUUGUGGUGGUAUUCAUCAUAGUAUUUCAUGAUAUUUAUUUAUAGGUUUUAAUUCGUGGUACUAUUGAAGAGGUCAUGGAACCUUCAAAAUAAAGUCUACCUGGUGCCAGUCUGUAAUUGAUUGAUUGAGUGUUUCAUAAUGCUUCCACAAGAGGGCAAUCAUUGACUUCUAUAUUCUAUAUAAAAUAAGAACCACCCAAUGAUAUUUGUUGUGAAAUCUGUGAAUGUAUUGUCAUUUUUUUUAAAUUGUAUAAACUGCCUUAAUUUUGCUGGACCCCUUGGCAGCAGCAGCUAAUGGGGAUCCAUAAUAAAUACAAAUAGGACAUUAUUUGACUUACUUCCCAAAUUGAAAGCCAACUUUCAAUGUCUCUAGUCAUAUUGUACUCUCCCUUUUAUCUACAAUCAAAUGAUUUCUGUUUUGUCUGACUUUCUCAUACAAUUGGUGUUUGUGGGCUGAGUUAACUGCAGCACCAUGUAAUUUCCUAUGCCCCAGGUGACAAGUGUUGGCAGGUUUCUGAUAUAAACUGAACAAAAAUAUAAAUGCAACAUGUAAUGUGUUGGUCCCAUGUUUCAUGAGCUGAAAUAAAAGAUCCCAAGAAUU